GGCUUGCCCGGGUCACGUGGGGUGGGGCUGGCGGCGGAGCCGAGGGAGGGGAGCGGAGCCGCGCGGCCGGAGGCUGAGGGGUGGUGGCGGUGGCAGCGACGCGAUGGGGCAGUGCGGGAUCACCUCCUCCAAAACCGUCCUGGUCUUCCUCAACCUCAUCUUCUGGGCAGCAGCAGGCAUACUGUGCUACGUGGGAGCCUAUGUGUUCAUCACAUAUGACGACUAUGAUCACUUCUUCGAAGAUGUCUACACGCUCAUUCCAGCAGUUAUUAUCAUAGCUGUGGGGACACUUCUUUUUAUUAUUGGACUUAUUGGAUGCUGCGCCACAAUUCGUGAAAGUCGCUGUGGACUUGCUACAUUUGUGAUCAUCCUGCUCCUGGUUUUUAUUACUGAAGUUGUGGUGGUGGUUCUUGGAUACAUCUACAGAGCAAAGGUGGAAGAUGAAGUUGAUCAUAGCAUUCAAAAAGUAUACAAUGGAUACAAUGGGACAAAUCCUGAUGCAGCCAGUCGUGCUAUUGACUAUGUACAGAGGCAGCUGCGCUGUUGUGGGAUCCAUAACUACACAGACUGGGAGAAUACUGUCUGGUUCAAACAAACUAAAAACAACAGCGUGCCCCUUAGCUGUUGCAAAGCAACUCUCAGCAAUUGUACUGGCAGUUUGACCCGUCCAAUGGACCUUUAUUCUGAGGGCUGUGAGGCUCUGGUUGUAAAGAAGCUUCAAGAGAUUAUGAUGUAUGUUAUCUGGGCAGCACUAGCAUUUGCUGCUAUUCAGCUUCUGGGCAUGUUGUGUGCCUGUAUAGUAUUAUGUAGAAGGAGUCGGGAUCCUGCUUACGAACUUCUCAUCACUGGUGGAACCUAUGCCUAGAAGACAAUGCGAACACGUGGUUCAAUCUUAUCUCACUUGUGUGGAAGGUGAAUGGGCCAGGUCUACUGCAAUAGUUUUCUUGUCCUAAGCUUAGUCAGAGCACACCUUUCACAGAUGAGAGCCGUACUGUACACUGGUGACGGGCAAAGCAGCUCAGCUUUACACACACCCAUAUAUACCUGUGACUUUCACUGUUUUAGCCAGCAAUUCAUGUAUCUAAAUGUUUUAGUAUACUAGUAAACUUUCUGAUUUCAAAACUAUUUGCAAGUUAAGUGUAAAUUGGCUGAUGUGGAAGUCAAAAAGGAUGUGUGCCUACUUUGGUAGAUUACCUCUAAGCAUUAACUGACUGAUUCUUGCAUAGAAAGAGAUAAUUUGUUAAACCUUCACUACAUUGAACUUUUUUGGCCAAAGUUGUACAAAGGAAGCCAGCUGUAUUUAAUUUGAGAAGUAUUUUGUUCUUGCCCCUCACCAGUGUCACUUUUUAAAAAACACUUAAGUGAAGUCCAGUACUCUUUAUAUAUAAAUAGUAAAACAAAAACUAACCACAAUUUUAGGAUCAUGUGACUGCAAUUUUGACCUUCAGAGAUCAAACCUUUCAAGCGUUAGUGUUUUAAAAUACAAGCUGGCUUUUCAGGAGUAUAAUGUAUGCACUACUGUUCUAUAAUGAAAUAUUUCAUUUUUCUAUGAGGAGCGGUUUUAUGUGUUGAGUGAACUGUUAGAGUGUAGCUCUUAAACUGGUUUGGAAACAAUGUAGCCAUGUAGAGUAGCAAAGUAGUAUGUGAAAGUGAUCUCAACUGUAAAUAGUAAACCUGAUUAAAUAAAUCUCUGUAUAUCCGCCCUAUAA